AAGGGACAGGGCUGAGCACCAGCCUGGCAGAACAGGAGAACCCUCCUGGACAGCCAGGAGAUGUUGGCCACCCUCGCCCUGUUCGUGGGGCUGCCCCUGGCCCUGGGCACCGAGCCCUCCCCAAGCUGCGCCCCGCUCAUCCCGGUCACCUUCGACAACAGCACCGUCCCUCAGAUCCUGGGAGAGUGGUUCUACAUUGCUGGUGCCUCCAAGUAUCCCCCUCACGUGGCACAGAUGAGAGCAGUGACAUUUGGGGCUUUUUCCUUCUCUCCUGGCAGCCAUGAGGACGAGCUCAACAUCACUGAAAUCAUAAGAAUGAAUGAGACAUGUGUGGUGAGGAACUCCAGCAGGGUCCAGGUCUUCCAUCAGAACUCCACCAUGAAGCAGGUUACUGAUGAUGAGAUGCCUGCCGUGGCCAGACUGAUCCAAAGUGACAAAGACCUGAUGAUCCUGAACCACAUCGAAACUGACCUCCCAAAUCUGAUUCUCUCAGCACGGACACCCAACGUGAGCAAGGAGCACAUGGAGGAGUUCAAAGCCCAGCUGCACUGCCUGGGCUUCACUGAGGAGGAUGUGUUCUACACCUCCACAGAGCACGCCUGUCCCCUGCCUGGGGAUGAAGACAGUGAAGAUCCACAACUGGGGUAACCCCCAUGGGCUGGGUCAGCUGCUCCAUCCUCAUCCUCCUCCAGCCCCAGCCAGGCUCAGCACAGCCUCAGAACCUCUGAUCCUAUCCAUGUUUUGGUUUUUCCUCCUGGAUUAAACACUCAGCUUCACUGUUCUCAACUGGGCCCAAAAUAAACUCCUGUGUUUCACCCA